AUGGACUCUGGAAGCACUGGAACGGCUGCGGGGAUCGACCCCAAAAUUCUCGAUAAUUGGCAAACCGACGGGGCUUAUUCAGUCGCGUCGUGGGAACAUCUGGGUUACGAACAACCUCCCGAGUGGGAUACCAGCCAGGAUUCCAGCCAGUGCGACGUCACAGACCUGGGCGCUUUUCAUGAUCCGCUAACAGGUUCGUUGCUGGAUCGCUCGGGCGAUCGGCCGCGUUUGGACAAUAGAAAGCGGGAUGUGACGGAGAACUUUCCUUACGAUGCCGGCGAGGGAACUGGGAGCGGCACUGUCAGUCCUCGGACUCUGCCCUCUUCGACCGACGACAACUUUCACGCCGACGAAACGUGGCCUCAUUUCCAGAUUUUCAACUCUGUCGCGGCUGGGAUGCCGCUCGAGACGCCUAUCAUGUACCCAUACGGAAAAGCCCCGGCUCCGUCGAAUGCCGCCGUGAUUGUGGAGGAUAUAGGUGAAAUGCCCCAGGGCCCGGGGUUUCCGGAAGCGCCGGCUGAGGCCAUGAUGUUCCAGCAGAUGCCUCAAUCGUUCCCAAUCAUUCCUGAUCACUGGGAGAUUCCCCACGGGAUCUCAAUGGAGAACAUCCCAGGGCAGGGUAUUCCGCUAGCGAUUGAUACCCGGAACCAUGGCAAGGAUCAAUCGCUGCGCGAAUUCCAGCAGCCGUCAAUCCGAUCGCUCGAGUCACGCUGGCUCAAUAACCUAGAGUCGCAGCUGCCGGUCUCUCACAUGACUCCCCCGUCCUUGAUGUCGUCGCCGAAACGCGGCCAGAUCGGACAAGAUGGAUUCCAUUUCAAGUCAGAGAGUUCCUCGGUUUCGGGCGACGUGUCUGGUGUCUAUGAAUGCUCAUACUCUGCAACGAGUGAGGACCCACCCACUUUUGUGGAGCACCAGCUGGAUGAUUCCCGGUGGAAGAUUGCUACACCAGAUAUGGGUUCGCCCGAGAACUCCCAGUCUGGGUCUAAGAACACGGCUUUCAUAGUCAGCGAGUCUCCAUCGGAACUCAUGGGCGCCAUCCCCUCGCGAUCGAGGCACUCCUCGGCUGCGGGUCAACGCUCGUCAGGCCGGCCCAUGCCUCUUGCCAUGCAAUCCGUGGCCACUGUUCGGAAGCGCAAGAACCGUAGUGCGCCAGGCUCCAUGGAUCAGGGCCUUGCCAAGCCUCUUCAGAUUGUCCAGGAAGAUGGACAAGGCGGCUCUAUUGCAUCUGCAGACUUUGUCUCCCCUCCACGGGGAGCUCGUCGCAAGGGCCCUCUGAGUAUGGUCGGCCGGGCCAAUGCUGGUUUGCGCCGCAAGAACAAGGAUACCUGUGUCCAAUGCCGACUGAACAAGCGCAAGUGCGACGGAAGCGCGCCUUGUGACGCCUGUCGCCCUACGCUACACGAGCAGCCAUGUGCGCGUGCGUGCUUCUCCAGUAUUGUUGAAUUUGGAACCUGCAAUUACAUCUCGCAGCGAGCUAUCAAUCAUCCGGCCUUAGAUGGAAGUGGCCGAGUCCGUAUGGAAAUUCCAUCAGAGUUUGACAUGAGCCAGCUCCUGUCAUUCCUCGGCGAGCGCCAGGGGCGGUUCAACAUCCGCGCCAGUCAGGCCUGGGGCUCUCUGUAUGUCCUCGAUCUUGGAGAGACAUACAAAUUUCUCAAAGGUCUGACCGAGUAUAACGGCAACUCGAAGUCCACCUUCCUUGAGUUCAUUGACCGCCGAAUUGUCGAGUCGAAAGACAAAUCCAAAAACUGGCUGUCGUGUGUCAAGGACUGCGACCCAAUGAACCAAGCCUACAAUUUGCUCUCCCAAUGGAACAAUAUGCCCAGUCGUGCAAAAUAUACUAUUGUUCCGCUCGACGGCAACGGGGAGGAACGGGACAUGGAUAUCAACAACCCCUCUGACCGACGAGACAUUCUCCUCGCAGCACAGUUGUCCCGCAUUGUAUGCCGCAUGCUCGAAGUCGAAGGCUUCCGCAAAUUAGAGCGCGACUUUUACAACAUCAAAUGGAAGCAGAUCUCCCACGAGACCCACAUUCGUUUCCUAGGCGAAUUAGGCCACAUCCUUCUUUCGCUGCGGUGGCGGUGCUCCUGGUGGAAGCGACUGGGUGAUGGUGGUCAAAGCCCUGACCCCAGCCAGCAACACUACGUUGAUCGGGUUGAGCUUCUUUGCCGCAUCCUGUACGUCUACUACACCUGCGUUCAAGCGAAGCUGCCGUCAUGGUGUACAGCCGAUAUCCCUAAAGGCAUUUGGUCUUCGUAUGCAGACGCGGAGAACGCAGUGUGGGAUGACUUCCCCUCCGAUGCGACAGACCAGGGCUUCCUGGACUGGAUGAAUCAUGGCCAGGACUUGAUUGAGCAAUCUGGUGUUCCUAGCAAGGUCUCCAAGCUUUAA